AUGGAAUGCUUUAUUGAGAAUGUUUGCAGGAACUGGUGGGCUCCUAAUAAUUUUGAGUUGGCUGUUAGGAAUUCAGUUGGUAGGUCAGGAGGGAUACUGAGUCUGUGGAAUAAAACCAAUUUUGCGGUUUCUAGUAAUUGGGACAUCCCUGGCGCUGUCAUUGUGAACGGGAUUUGGCUCCCUGGUAGUGUCCCCUGUUGUUUUGUUAACGUUUAUGCGCCAUGUGACAGUUCAGAAAAAGCCAAUCUUUGGGAGGUGAUCCAAGCUAUUGCUGAGCAAAAUAAUGAUCGUUGUCUGUGUGUUCUGGAAGACUUCAAUGCAAUUAGAGAAGAGGGAGACCGAGUGGGAAGAGAUUCCUCCUUCGUUUUUGCAGAUGCAAGAAACUUCGAUUUUUUUUAUCCGACAAAAACCGUGUCGGAUCACUGCUCGAUCGUCCUCACUACAAAAACUGUGGAUUGGGGACCUAAACCCUUUCGGUUCCUCAAUGCGUGGACUACUCAUUCGGAGUUUGAUGUGGUGGUGAGAAAAACCUGGCUCGAGACAAAGAUCGAUGGCUGGAGUUGUUUCGUGUUCAAAGAUAAACUUAAAAAAGUGAAGCUCUCCCUGAAGGAGUGGAAUUUGAAUGUCUUUGGGAAUAUCGAGAGCAGGAUUAAGUCUUUAAAGGCUGAACUCCAGGAGCUCGACACCAUCGAUGACACUCUUGGCCUUGAGGAGGAAGAGAUUAUCAAGAGGAACGAGAUUAGGGCUAAUAUUUUUCUUCAAUCAAAAAACAGACUCAGUCUUUUGAAGCAAAAAGCAAAGUUUAAAUGGCUCAAAGAGGGAGACAUGAAUUCCAGCUUUUACCACAAGGUAAUUAUUGGCAGGAGAAAGAAGAACGAGGUUGCUGGACUACUCAUUGAUAAUCAUUGGACCGAUGAUCCGAUUGUCAUUAAAGAUCACGUGAGGAAGUACUUUGAACACCUCUUCAAGAACUUUAAAAGAACUCUACCACAUCUCCCUUCGGAUUUUGUCACUAGGACACUGUCGACAGAGAGCAGAUUGAGACUGGUUGAACCCUUCACGGAGGCUGAAAUCAAGGAUGCGAUUUGGAGCUGCGACGGUGAUAAGAGCCUGGGGCCAGACGGAUUUAAUCUUAACUUCUGGAAGAAGUCUUGGGAAGUUAUUAAAGCUGACUUUUUACAGGUCAUGGAGGAAUUCUACACUAAUGGAAAGAUUCCGCAGGGAUGCAACUCCUAA